CGUCUUCUCGCGGGCGGGCGGCGCUGUGCGCGGGGAAAGGAGAGGCCUGCUGAGCGGCUGCGGCUGCUCCUGCGCGGCGACUGCUGACACCGGGGCCCGCAGGUGGCGGCCCCACGGCCACGGCCCCAGCCUCCCCUUGGGCUUUGUCAGGUGGAAGAAUAAUUUCACAGCUAUGGAGAAUGAACCAAGCACAACAACAUGUUCUACAUGCACAACUACUAUCACCACCACAUCCUCCCCUUCCCGUACUCAGCCACCUCAGAUAUCUGUCUACAGUGGUGCAGAUCGACAUGCUGUGCAGGUUAUUCAGCAGGCCUUGCAUCGUCCGCCAAGUUCAGCAGCGCAGUAUCUUCAGCAGAUGUAUGCAGCUCAGCAGCAGCAUCUCAUGUUACAAACGGCUGCUUUGCAACAACAGCAUUUAAGUAGCACCCAGUUCCAGAGCCUGGCCAGCGUCCCACAGGCAAACCUGUCAGGUGGGAGGCAGUGUGCAUCCCCCAAUGGCAGUGUCACUCAGCAGUCAAGCAUGUCGGAGACAUCGAUUAAUCUUUCUCCUUCUCCUACACCCGCGCAGCUAAUAAGCCGUUCACAGACCUCCAACAGUAGUAGCAGCAGUCUUACCCAACAGACCAUGCUUCUGGGGAGCACCUCUCCUACUUUGACUGCAAGCCAGGCUCAGAUGUACCUCCGGGCCCAAAUGCUGAUUUUUACACCUGCUACCACUGUGGCGGCUGUCCAGUCUGACAUUCCUGUUGUGUCGUCGUCCUCUUCGUUUCCCUGUCAGUCUGCAGCUACUCAGGUCCAGAAUUUGACAUUACGCAGCCAGAAGUUGGGUGUAUUAUCUAGUUCACAGAACGGCUCUCCAAAAAGCAGUAGUCAUGCCCAGACACUAGCUGUGUGCCCUAAUAAACCCGUAACCAGUACCAAAGCCAGCCAGUCAGAUCCUCUAGAAAGCAAAAGGAAAGGUGACAGCCCAACAGCAGAGCCUCGAAGCCCAGCCGUAACACGCACAUCAAGUAUUCAUCAGCUCAUGGCACCAGCUUCAUAUUCUGCUAUUCAGCCCCAUUCUCUGUUAAAGCACCAGCAGUCCCCUCUUCACUCACCACCUUCAAAAAUUUCCCACCACCAGCUGAUCUUCCAGCAGCAACAAGUUCAACCAAUCACUCUCCAGCUUCCUCCCAAUCAGGAAGCAUCUGUGUCGCAACACUGUGCCCCUCUCCAAGGCCAUGCUCUUCCUCCAGCCCCCAGCAGCGCCUCAUCACAGCACUGCACACCUGUCCACAUCCAUCCCCCGCCACUUCCUCCUCCACUUUCUCCAAGUCCAUCCCAUUCCUCUCAGCAGUCAGUAGUGGUAUCUCCUCCACCACCUCCUUCGCCCAGCCAGUCACCAACAAUAAUUAUACACCCCCAAGCUCUUAUUCAGUCGCAAACACAUCCGCUAGCAUCAUCAGCACUUCAGUCAGAGCAUCACCCAGCGCAGGCUGAUGAUAGGCCAACAGAUGCAACCUCGCAGCCUUCUAAUCUUCCAGCCCAGCUGCCACCUUCCCCAAUAGUUCACAUUGGGUCACCGGAUCAGCCUGCCAUGGUGUCCACAGGCCAACAUAUAACAUCUCCAACGCCUCACCAGCAGUAUCCAGCUUUGCAGCCCAUGCCAAUCCCAGUGGCAGCCUCUCCCCAGCUGCCAACAUCUCCAGCCCCCAGCCAGCCACUUCCUCUUCCGCCUGUUCAGUCUUUACAAGUGCAGCCUGACAUUUUGUCCCAGGGUCAGGUUUUGGUGCAGAACACCUUGGUUUCUGAGGAGGAGCUUCCUGCUGCCGAAGCGUUGGUCCAGCUGCCGUUUCAGACUCUUCCUCCUCCUCAGACGGUUGCAGUGAACCUUCAAGUGCAACAAGCAGUACCUGUUGAGACCCCAGUGAUUUAUCAAGUGGAAGACAUGUGUGAAGAGGAGAUGCCAGAAGAAUCAGACUGUGUGCGUAUGGUUAGGACCCCCACUCCACCCACCUUGUCACCUCCAGCUAUAACUUUAAGAAAUCGAGACGAGCUUGGCUAUGAGGAACCUUUUUCAGAACAAGAGGGACAUCCUUCAAUGGCCUCAUCAGUCAGCGCUUCUGUAAUUAAAUCACCAUCAGACCCUUCACAUGGCUCUGUUCCACAACCACCUCUUUUGCUUCCAGCGAUCCCAACAAGGAGUAACAGCGCAUCAGUGUCUCAUAAGAACCCUAGCAUGGAAAACAAACCUCCACAGGCUAUCGUUAAGCCACAAAUCCUGACCCAUGUUAUUGAGGGCUUUGUGAUCCAAGAGGGGUUAGAGCCAUUUCCUGUAAGUUGUUCAUCUCUUCUAGUUGAGCAGCCUGCAAAAAAGAGGCUGCUGGUGGAGGGCCAGGCGAUGAACGUUAUGUGUGUGGAGCCAGAGCUGCAGAACAAUGCAAAGCAUGUAGACAACUCCUCAGACACAGAGUUGGAGGAUAUAAUUACGGAAGAGGGGCUGGAUGAGAUGGAAACAGAUCUCCUCAAGUGCGAGUUUUGUGGGAAAAUGGGAUAUGCAAAUAAGUUUCUGCGGUCAAAGCGAUUCUGCACCAUGUCCUGUGCCAAGAGGUACAACGUCAGCUGCAGUAAGAAAUUUGGAUUAUAUGGCUCAGACAAAAGCAGUCGUUGGAGCCGGAGCCUUGGGCGACGCGGGCGGCGGCCAAGCAGCUCUGAUGGAGCUCCCAGGGAACACUUCCUUAGACAGCUUCCAAUUACUUAUCCAUCUGCAGAAGAAGACUUGGCUUCUCAGGAAGACAAUGUACCGGUUGCCAUGACCACUCGCUUGCGAAGGCAAAGUGAAAGGGAAAGAGAGCGUGAACUUAGGGAACUGAGAAUUAGGAAAACGACAGACAACAUGGAUUUGUUACCAGCGAUACAAUCUGAUCCAUCCGGAUGGACUGUGGAAGAUGUUUGGGCCUUCAUACAUUCUUUGCCCGGUUGCCAAGAUAUUGCCGAUGAAUUUCGAGCCCAGGAGAUUGAUGGGCAGGCUCUCCUCUUAUUAAAAGAGGAUCAUCUCAUGAGUGCAAUGAAUAUUAAGCUAGGACCUGCACUGAAAAUUUGUGCACGAAUCAACUCCUUGAAGGAAUCCUAGUGGAAAAUAAGGCUUUAAAUCACAGCUUCCACCAUAUGACACUUGUAAUAAAACAACAUCUUAACGUUUGAUGUGAUUAUUA